AGCUAAGAUUUUUGAUAUAAGAAAAUCAUAUAGAAAAGAUGUUUUCAAGAGGUAUUAGAAAUAGUGGAAGAAUAGUGGGUAGAAGAUUCCAACAUCAUUCAGCCGGUGAAUCUAUUAGUACCAAACCAUUCAAUAAUAGAUAUAAUUUUAAUAUAAAUCCUCCACCAGUUCAUGAAUAUUGGAAUUAUCGUAAUGCUAGUGUUUUAAUUGCUAUUAUUCCUGUAUAUCUUGGAGUUGCUUACUUUGCCAAAUCACUUGGAGAAAAUCUUGAAGGUUUUGAAGGUUUAAGAAGUUUUGCUGAUAGUGAUAAAUCUCCAUUAAAGGAACUUAAAUUUGGAGAAGCUCAAACUUCCAAGUCCAAAUAGGAAACCCAGCAUAAAUAUUACUAUAAUCAACCACUUAAUUACUGUUUAAAAUUGAUACAAGUUAUCUAGCAAUAAACAGAAUUCAUCCAUGCAUCAUUCAUUUUCUCACGGUAAACAAAUAAAGAAAACAAUACCUAACUUAUAAACCACCAAUAUCAAACUACAAACUAACAACUGAAAACCGUAUCUAUGUACAUUUACAUACUUUUAUAUAUUUAAUCAUAUAACUCUUCGUCAUA